ACGGACCAACCAAUGAGCUGCGAGGAGUGGUACGAGAGAACGGCACAAUCCUCUGCAGCCGCGGCUCCCGCUGCUAUGGAUUGUGGGAAAAACAAGCAGACAGUGAAAUGCACCUGGUGAAUCAAGGUGAGACAGAGACAUCAGGGAAGUCCUGAAUGAGACAAGAUACGUCCCCGGCCCCGUCCCAGACCACAUGUCUCACAUAACUGGAUUGUGCUGCUACGACACACGUCUGUCCACAUCUGUCUGUCCACAUCUGUGUCUCCAUAUCUGUCUCUCGACAUCUGCUUGUCCACAUCUGUCUGUCUACAUCUGUCUGUCUACAUCUGUCCACAUCUGUCUGUCCACAUCUGUCUGUCCACAUCUGUGUCUCCAUAUCUGUCUCUCGACAUCUGCUUGUCCACAUCUGUCUGUCUACAUCUGUCUGUCUACAUCUGUCCACAUCUGUCUGUCCACAUCUGUCUGUCCACAUCUGUCUGUCCACAUCACUCAUGUCCACAUCUGUCUGUCCAUAUCUGUCUCACAACAUCUGUUUGUCCACAUCUGUCUGUCUACAUCUGUCUGUCCACAUCUGUCCACAUCUGUCUGUCCACAUCUGUCUGUCCACAUCUGUCUGUCCACAUCACUCAUGUCCACAUCUGUCUGUCCAUAUCUGUCUCUCGAUAUCUGUCUGUCCACAUCUGUCUGUCCACAUCACUCAUGUCCACAUCUGUCUGUCCACAUCUGUCUGUCCACAUCACUCAUGUCCACAUCUGUCUGUCCAUAUCUGUCUCUCGAUAUCUGUCUGUCCACAUCUGUCUGUCCACAUCACUCAUGUCCACAUCUGUCUGUCCACAUCUGUCUGUCCACAUCACUCAUGUCCACAUCUGUCUGUCCAUAUCUGUCUCUCGACAUCUGUUUGUCCACAUCUGUCUGUCUACAUCUGUUUGUCCACAUCUGUCUCUCGACAUCUGUCUGUCCACAUCUGUCUGUCUACAUCUGUCUGUCUACAUCUGUCCACAUCACUCAUGUCCACAUCUGUCUCUCGACAUGUGCUUGUCCACAUCUCUGACACCUUCAGGUCGUGUUGUGAGUCCAGAUGUUUAUUGGGAGUGAAUGUCCUCCGGGGUCAAGUGAGGUCAGAUUUGUCUCCUUCAGGUUGUUGGGCCGGUGACCAGCAGGAGUGUCAUGGUGAGCGUUGCCUGGUAACGACCGGCAGCUACCGGUUCUGCUGCUGCAGCCGCGCCCUGUGCAACGCCAACUUCACAGAGGCCCCGCCCACUGCUGCCCCCCCCGCCCUGAGACUGAUGAAGAGUGGUGACAGACAGACAGAUCAGCUGACGCCAGAGGAGACAGCGCUUGUCGCUCUGGUAACCGUUGCCAUAGCAGCCAUUCUCAUCAUGGCACUGUUCCUGGGAUACCGGAUGAUGAGAGGGAGACAGAAGCAGGCUCUGGACGCUCUGGACGCUCUGGAGGCCGUGAACACUGAGUCUGUCGAUCUGGACAAUCUGAAACUGCUGCAGCUGAUUGGUCGAGGUCGUUACGGCGUGGUGUUUCGUGGCAGUCUUAACGAGCGCUGCGUGGCCGUCAAAGUCUUCAGCUCGACGAACCGGCAGAACUUUGCUAACGAGUGCUCGAUCUACUGCCUCCCUCUGCUGCAGCAGCAUGACAACAUCAGCCGCUUCCUGACGGCUGAUGAGAGGACGACGGCUGACGGACACUCGGAGUUCCUGAUCGUCAUGGAGUACUAUCCACAUGGCUGUCUGUCUCACUUCCUGUCCGUCCACACAGUGGAUUGGUUGACGUGCUGCCGGAUGUGUCAGGGUGUGACCAGAGGUUUGUCCUUCCUGCACACUGAGCUCUACAGAGCAGACCAGUACAAACCGGCUGUGGCUCACAGAGACGUCACCAGCAGGAACGUUCUGGUCCGAGCAGACCGGUCCUGCGUCCUCGCCGACUUCGGGCUGUCCAUGAGGCUGACGGGACACCGGCCCUGUCGCCCCGGAGACGAUGACACAGUGGCAAUAUCUGAGGUGGGGACGGUGCGGUACAUGGCGCCGGAGGUUCUGGGCGGAGCGCUGAACCUCAGGGACUGUGAGUCGGCUCUGAAGCAGGUGGACGUUUAUGCUCUGGGCCUUCUUUACUGGGAGAGCUUCAGAAGAUGCAGGGACCUGUUCCCAGGUGAAACCGCACCAGAGCACCAGCUGGCGUUUCAGGCUGAGCUCGGGAAUCAUCCGAGCUUCGACGAGAUGCAGAUCCUCGUCGUCCGAGAGAAACACAGGCCGAGGUUCCCUGACGCCUGGAAGGACAACAGCCUGGUGUUGCGCUCACUAAAGGAGACGAUGGAGGACUGCUGGGAUCAAGAUGCUGAAGCUCGACUCACGGCUCAGUGUGCAGAGGAGAGACUGACUGAACUCACACUACUGAGUGCACACACUGCAGUACACAACAACAGGAAUCUGUCUCCUCGGGUUGGCUCCGCCUCUUCCCACAUUGAGGACCUGCAGGUGGGCGUGGUCAAAAAUCUCCAGGGAGACCCACACCUUCCAUCUGUUGUCAAGGCAACGACGAGUGGAGCAGAAGAAAGGAACCGAAAAUUAAUAAACUACGAACGACAGAAGAGUCAAGCUCGCUUGUCCUCUUUGGACGCCCCCCCCAGCCUGAUGCCUGCCACCGUCCCUGAAUCUGAACUGAGGCGUGGCACUGUUUACGUCUGCCUGCAACUGACAGAAGAAGACCUGGACGCCACCAAGCUGGACCCCAGAAAGGUCGAUAAGAACCUGAGGGAAACCUCUGAUGAGAACUUAAUGGAACAUUCACAGAAGCGGUUCAGUUCACAUCCACAAAUCACCAAUCUGCUGUCAGCGGCUCCACAGACCAACCAGGUGAACAACUCUGUGUCGACUCAUCACGGUGAGCGGGGGGGUGUCGAUGCUCCUCCGUCCUCCUCCAUCCAGCCCCUCCCCAAACAGCAGAACUUGCCCAAGAGACCCACAAGCCUCCACCUUCUCCCCAAAACCAUGGAGACACUGUCGGCCUCUUCUCGGCGGAAGUUGGAGAAGCUCAAGUCGAACCACAGACAGGUGGAGAUGGGCGUGGCUAAGAUGAACACUGUUCCAGUUGCCGCAGCCGCAGAGCCCCACUUGGUCACCACGGUAACCAACACCACCAGUGGCGGCGUUGGGAAUCAGGUCCAGUCCAUAACGCUGGCUGCCAGCAGACACAGCGGGGGGGUCCCCAGCCUGGUGACGAACAGCAUGGUCCCCAGAGGUCGAACCAACCCGGCAGGACCACGGCUGGAGGACGAGGACAGCGUGGAGGAGGGGACAAUCACACGAGAGGACAGUCAUCUGAAUCUACUCAACUUCAGUCCUGACGAAGACGAGCCACUGCUGAGGAGAGGACAACCUCCGGACAGGAGCCGAGACCUUCCUCAUCAGUCACGAGCCUCAGGACGAGGAUCCAACUCCAACAACAACAACAACAGGACGGUGGUGGGAGCAGAGGUCAAGAUCCAGGAUCCAGAGGUUCCAGCUGAGAGGAUGAAGGGUUCAGAGGUCGUUCAGGUCAGAGACCUCAUCAGUCCCAAGCCUGAGCAGAUUAAUGGAACUCCAGCUACACAAGCUCAAGAUCCAGCCCUCUCAAACGUCUUAGGUUUAGAAACCCAAACCGAAGCUGAGGAUCCAGCCUCAGAUCCAGGAGCUCCAGAAUCUCAAGAUUUAGAAACCACUGCUCCUAAUGAAGCCUCAGAUCCAGAACCUACAUCCAUAGAUCAGGUGGAACAGACCAGAACCAGCAGACCUGAGCGUCCCUGUUCUCUGGACCUGUCCUUCCCAUCUUCAGACGAUGUCUCUCUGACAGAGAACGUGAGCGCUUCAGGAGAGAAGAUCAAACGUCGUGUGAAGACGCCUUACACUCUGAAAAGAUGGCGUCCAGCCUCGUGGGUUGUUACCACGGAUACAGCUGUCGACCCAGACUUUGGGUUCGAUUCCGACGGCGUCAACGUCCGAACUCACCUGUCUCCUGGUAGAGCCAGAAGGGUCCCGAAGCUCAGCCAGUCCAGAUCCAGCAUGGCUGUGUUCUGGGUUGGAUGUGGAGCGACCUCUGACCCCGACGGGAUGAGCAGCUUCUAAAGUUUUCUGUUCUCACCUCUUUGUCUUCCGUCUCUUCGAUUGAGGAAAAGACACUUUCACCAAACUUCCCCGAGCAACUGAACAGGAAUCUGGACGGAAGCGAAACCAAGAUUUGAUUGAAACCUUCUGAAGAAUCACCGGUUCCGUUCUGUUCCUAUCGGACCUCGAACCUUCUGCCUUUACCGUACACAGUAUCCCGAAUGCCAUCUACGUCCUUUAUUUUCUGGGUGAAUUGAUUUCCAAACGUUGAGAUGAUUGGCUCAUGUUGUAAUUAAUGUUGUGUUACUUGAAGUUGUGGCCUUUCCCCGACAGUGACUCUGUCAACGUAAGUGAAGGGACUCGAACCUGUGGUGGUAGACGGGGCUUUGAUCCUAUCUGGUUACAAACGUCUCUGAUGGUGGGAAUCGGCUCCGCGGUGGAUGCUGGUGAAGUGAGCGGCGCUCCGUAGAUACUUGGAGGUGAUUGGCUGCUCAGCCUCACCGAAGAGGAUUUGGCCAAAUCAAAUGUCAGAUUAUUUUAUGCACUUUAAAUAAAGAUUGUGUUUCAGAAAACCUUCUGAGGGACAUCUCGUGACAUUCCAGGAGAAACCACGAUUUGAACUCUGUCGAAUGAGAUGAGACGUCUGUUUGCUUUAAAGCCCGAUUGUAGCUCUGCAGUGGUUUGCUCCUGGUGACGUGGAGACAGAUCCACCUCAUCAUGUUGCUGCUGCUCUUUGCCUCGGAGGAGCUAACGUUUGGGGAAAGGAAAAGAGAAGGUGGAGCAAUGACGGAGGAGAGGAAGAUCUGAACCAUCGGAAGGUGAAGAACCUGUUUGUAAAGUAGCUUCAGACAAAGACAGUUCAUCUGAUGGAAACGAAUUAAAGAAGAUAAUGUUAAUGUUGAUCAAGUUUAUCCACCACAGCACUUUGAUUAUUUUAUGAUUAUUUCAUUGUAUCCACAUUAUUAACUGACACAACCUUCCUGUCGUCCACGGCCUCAUUAAUCACAAGGAUUCUAUUUAACGAUAUAUCAUCUCUGUUGCGUGAAAGGUUUUUGGAAGAUUCAGAGGAUCUUGUGAGUAGUGAUAGAAGAUGAAAGGUUUUAAAUGAUGCAUUUAUUAAUGAACUUCGGGAUGAAAAAAAAGACAGAAUCAUUAUUUUCAUCUUUUAUUUAUUCAAAGAAGAAAUUAACAUUCUACAGAAUCAUUUUAUAAAAGUGACUGAUCAGCUGAUUUUAUAAAGUUGUUUUUUAUGUGACGCAUCUUUUAACUAUAGUGAAUAUUCCAUUAAGCCUCAUUCACUUUUUACUUAUUUUUCUUUUCUGUUUAUUGUUUUCUGUUGUUCACAUAAAAUAUGGUUAUCAACACCUUCCAUUUAUAUCUCAUCGUUUUAUUGUAUUGAACUUUCAAGGCUUUUUGUUGGUUUUGUAUUUUGUACUGUUUGUAUCAGAAAAUAAAGAACAGUGAAUAUUAAGUGAAAGUUCAUGUUACAACGUUUUCUCUGUUUCCAUCAGACUGAAGUCAUUUGAUUUAAACAUCUGUUCUAUUCUCUGUCUUUUGUUUCUGUGUGUGAUCUGAAGUUUUAUAUAAAUACUGAACACUGGUGGAAAAUCCCUUUAAACUGUCUCUUAUAUUGUCGUCAUAAUAAAAACUUUAAAACUA